AUGGAGGUUGGGAGGCCCGGGUCCAGUGCCUCCAAGAACGGCAACAGGGGCACCAGUGAGGAGGAGGCAGCCUAUUUCUCCCAGCUGCUGGGAUACAGCAUGGAGCGCCUGGCCCGGGAGCCGGAGCUCCUGGCCUCCGAGCAGCAGUACCUGGCCCGCCAGGCCGCGGAGGUGACGUCCACGUACCGCGGCGCCCUGCUGGCCAGCGCUAGCGGCGCUCGCGACCUCGCCGGCAUCCUGGGCGACGCAAGUACCCGCCUGCGCGCCGUCUCCGACGCCCUGCCGCGCCUGCAGGCCAGCGGCGAGGCCUUCGAGGGCGUGGCCACGUCGUCUGAGGCCGCCCGCCGCGUCAACCGCCAGCUCGCAGGUACAAAAGGGGGUAGGAUUCAGGGGUUUCAUGUUUGUGUCAGAUGCAGGCACCUUACCCAACUGGUUGAGGGAAUCAAAUCCCCCUCAGACCUGGGUGUCGUUUUCAUAUCCCCUCUGCUCCUCUCCUGA